UCAGCACUUUUCAACUUUCAAUCCCUGCUUUUGGUCAUCUUGUUGAUGAUCUGCACUUGCACCUACGUUCGAGCAGUUGCCCCACGUCUAGUCGAUAGAAAUAAAGCAGGAUUCCUCGGACUAUUCUUCAUGUCUGCGCGGAUAGGAGAACGCCUCUCCCCAUACGUUGCAUUAGCAUGCGUGGCCAUGGCGGCGACAAUGAUCGUACAGUAA